AAAUUGUGUCGGGACGAUAGAAUAGCCAAGCCUUGGUGUUUUCCGCACAGCUUGGCACUUUCAACGACCUUCCUGUCCGAGUAAUACCCCGCGUUGCGAAUCGCUCUGCAAUCGCCCUGCCAAACCUGGUGCGCAGUGUUGCAUUUUGGUUCGCCGGGUUGAGAGAUAUGCGAUAUUGCCUCCUUAUGGCGACGGUUAUUAUAUAUCGGCACCAUGCUCGCUAACACCUGGGCCCCGACUCCAUGGGUCGCAAGGUCGCAAGCUCGCCCGCUGGUAAAUAUUUGAUCGAGUGCUCCCUCUUCGUGACACCGCAGCAGGAGCAGCACCAGCCGUAGCAGCAACCCAACAAAGCCAGGUCCCUCUCUUUCUCGUCGAGUUGACAUGUCGGCCGAGCAAGAGAAGACGGCCGCUGCCGUCGGCGUCGCUUCGCCAGAGAGCGAAGCGGCGGAAGCCCCCCCAAGUGAGAAGGACAGGCGCACAGGAAACUCGGAGGAUGAUGUCAAAGUCGACAUCAACCUCUCCGACGAUGAGCUCGUGGUCACCGACAUCUUCAAACCGCUCCCGCCUUUGGAGGGUGUCCCUGCGGAGCCACACCCGCUGACCAUGCGUGCUGUCCUCGUCGGUGUUCUGCUUGGGUCACUGGUUAACGCUUCCAACGUGUACCUUGGUCUGAAAACCGGCUUCACGUUUGGAUCAUCCAUGUUCGGCGCCAUAUUCGGCUAUGGCAUCGUCAAGAUCUUAUCCACGACCUUUGCCGGCGUGCCCAUCAUCGGCAUGCCCUUUGGCCCCCAGGAGAACAGCAUCAUCCAAGCAGCCGCAGCCGGUGCUGGUGGUCUUAGCGGCCUCUUCGUCGCCGCCCUGCCCGCCAUGUACAACCUCGACCUCCUCUCCAAGGAGGUCAAGGACGAUUUCGGCCGCAUCUUGACUCUGACGUUGAUCGGGUCCUUCUUUGGUCUCUUCUACGCGGUGCCUCUUCGCAAGUUCUUCAUCGUCAAUGUUGCGCGAGAGCUGCGCCUGAUCUUCCCCACUGCAACUGCCACUGCCUUCACGAUCCGAUCGAUGCAUGCUGUCGGCUCGGGAGCGCAGGAGGCCAUUGCAAAAAUCAAGGCGCUGGGCUAUUCCUUCACUGGCGCCCUUAUCCUGCGAGUCGUCUCGGAUUAUGCCCUGGGCAUCCUCUGGGAUUGGCACAUCUUCACUUGGUUCUAUAUCUGGGGUGGAUAUAACAACUGGGCCAUCAACAUCGAAAACUGGGGCUGGUUUGUCGAAUGGACUCCAGCGUUCAUUGGCUCCGGUCUCCUUGUCGGUGUCAACGUCGGUGUAUCCUUCUUCGCCGGCAGCUUCUUCGCCUGGGGGUUCCUUGGCCCGAUUCUCGUCCACUACGGCCUCUGCAUCGGCAAGCAGCUGGCUCCCGGUGAUGAGAAGUGGGAUGCCGUGGUGACCUUCAACUCCAUGUCCGGCAUGGGCUCGCCCGGCUACGUCCCCAGCCCCCGUUACUGGUUCCUCUGGCCCGGCGUCAUGGUGAUGCUGUGCUAUUCCAUGGCCGAGUUCUUGGUCCACUUCAAGAUCAUCUGGUACGGCAUAAAGUACUCGUGGACCAACAUCGCCACCAGCCUGCGCGACACCCUCGCAAAGCGCGGCAAGAGUAGCCCGUUCCUCGACAAGCAGGCCGCCAGGACCUCGGACGAGGCGAUGGUGGUCGAGGAUUUUGCUACCCCGGAGCAGCAGGUUGCCAACUGGGUUUGGGCGAGCGGUGCCAUCGCCGUGUUGAUCGUGACUUGCAUCAUCUGCGAGGUCCAGUUCCAUAUCAACGCCGGUCUCGCCAUCCUAGCAUCCAUCCUCGGCAUCAUCUUCUCCUUCCUCGCGAUCCACGGCUCCGGCGUCACCGACAUCACACCGCUGACGGCAUCAGCCAAGGCAUCACAGCUCGUCUUCGGCGGCGUGACGACAGGCCAAGGGAUGGAAAUCAAGGUAGCGCAGAAGGCCAACCUGAUCGCGGGCGCCAUCGCAUCCGCCGGCGCCGACAUGUCCAACGCUCUGACCAGCGACUUCCGGACGGGGUUCCUGCUCCGCACGCCGCCCAACCUGCAGUUCUACGCGCAGGCCGUCGGCACGCUCGUGGCCAUGUUCCUGGCCCCUGGAAUCUUCAUCCUGUUCGCGUCAGCGUACCCGUGCAUCGUGUUCCCCGUGGACGACGAGCCGUGCCCGUUCCUAGCGCCGUCGGUCAGCGCGUGGCGCGCCGUCGCAGAGGCCGUCACCCUACCCAACAUCCCCAUCCCGCUGUCGUCGGGCAUCUUUUCCAUCGUGCUCGGCGUCGUCGCCGUGCUGCAGGUCCUCGCGAAGCGGAGGUGGCUCGUCGGGGAAAGAGAGAAGUACCGCGUCUAUCUGCCGAACUGGAUGGCCGUCGGCGUGGCUUUCGUCCUGCCCGCCACGCAUUACGCUACCGCUACCAUGACGGGCGCCCUCAUCAGCCACUUCUGGCUCAAGAGGAAUCCCCGGUCGUUCGACUUGUACUGCUACGCCAUCGCGGCGGGGCUCAUGGCCGGUGAGGGACUUGGCGGCGUCAUCAAUGCCGCGCUGCAGCUGGGUAAUGUUAGUGGGUCUGUAUAUGGGACGAAUGUCGGCUGCCCGCUGGAUUCGUGCUGAGGAUGGGGCAUGGUGGUGUCGAUUUCUCCUUUUCCUCCCCCCUUCCUCUUCUUUCUCUCGUUUGUUUUGUGUGUUUGCCUGUCCUUUCAGCAGCAUCGGGAGGAGACAAUGUGAUAGAGAUACCUUUGUUGAUCCGUGUAGCCACUGUAGUCCCCGUAGUAAUUAUACGAACAUAUGGACUGUCUU